AUGAAGCGGUAUUUUAUCGGAUUGAGCAUUUUGGCCGUCUGUUUGAGCGUAACAGUAGGUAGUGAAACCCCCUCAACGACUGUUGAACCAGGUGCCACUGCAUCUGUAAACAUAACUAUAUUCCGAUCUGGCGUAGCUUUCGCUCCUCAACCCCUUCCAGCCCCCUUUGCCGUUAGCAAGGGUGAAUGCAUCGUGUCUGCAUUCGUCAACAUUGGCCGUACGACUACGUGGACCUUGGUCAAGAAGAUCGACUUCGGAAGCUUCGUUGAGCCUGAGGGGAUUGUGAGGAUCGGGGAGGACAGAUACUUCGUCAGUCACAACGAAUACUACGAGAGGACUGUGAAGUUUCCCGAGGUCGUCGAUGGAACGGACCGUACACCUGGCGUCGGGCUAGGACUUAUGACAAUCAUCGACGGACAAGGUAGACACAUCGCCCGAGCUGCACUGAACGAGGUUGGUUCACUGGAGUAUCAUAACGGCGGUAUUGAUUACGAUGGGCGAUAUAUCUGGGCCAACAUCGCGCAAUAUCGACCGAACUCAACUUCUACGCUGGUCAGGAUUGAUCCCUUAACGUUGCAUCACAUCCGUAUUGCGCACUUCGCCGACCACACUGGCGGCCCGGUUCACAACACCGACACGGGCACAGUGACCAGUCUGAACUGGGGGUCGCGAAAUGCGACAUCCAUAGACCUUCACAAAAUAGACAGCCAUGCAUACCCAUCGUUCACCCCAUUCGGAAGUCUGGUUCGAAAUCCCUCCUACUUCGUUGACUACCAAGACUGCAAGUUCCUCGGGCGCAUCAAACGGUUUGGUAACAAGCCCCACAUGUUCUGCGGGGGCCUUGCAUCCUUCGGGGGCGUGAAUAUCGGCGGACUAGCCGUCAUCGAUAUGGAAACAAUGGUUCCACGGCUAGAAGUGCCCAUAAUGCUCCAAAGUGAGAAUGGUUGGCUCUUGACUACCAAUCCAGUUGACGUCGAUUGUGUGGAUGGAAAGCUCCAGGCAUAUUUCUUUCCAGACCAAGAAGUCAAUAAUGCAAUGCUCUAUUUAUACGAAGCUGACCCACAGAGUCCCUUUGAAUUUGGAGGUGGCAAACAAUAG